AUGCUGCGUCAGCAGAGCCUGGAGCUGGACGAGGCUCCAGCACGCAAGCCUGGCCCUCUGCCCCUGCUGGAGCUGCCCCCGCUGGAUCGGUCCAGAGGUCCAGGUUGGCCUCCAGACUCGGCCAGCACCGCCUCCACGUUACCCAUCUCGGAGAAGUUCGAGAAGGAGAAGGAGAAGCAGGAUGAAGAAUACGACCCGUUCGCCCACCGCCAGGUGGAGAGGCCCGUAUCGGACGUGGGUGCACUGAUGCACCUCCUCAAGUGCAGCCUCGGCACGGGAAUCCUGGCGAUGCCGAUGGCCUUCCGGAGCGCGGGGCUGGCCGUGGGGCUCGUGGGCACCGCCCUGGUGGGCUACAUCUGCACACACUGCGUCCACAUUCUGGUGGACUGCUCGCAGCGGCUGUGCCGGCGGCUGAAGGUGCCCUCGAUGGACUACCCGACCACGGCGUCCGUCGCCUUCACCUCGGGGCCGGAGCGGCUGCGGUCCCUCGCGCCGGUAGCCAGCUGGUUCGUGAGCGCCGGCCUGUUCGCCACCUACUACAGCAGCAUCACCAUCUACAUCAUCUUCAUCGCCGCCACACUCAAGCAGGUUGGAGACUACCACUCGACGUCUGACGCGACACGCUUCGAUGUGCGGAUCUACACGGCCAUGCUGGCUGCCCUGGUGCUGGCCAAGGGCCAACUGCGGCACCUCAAGACGCUGGUGCCCUUCUCGAUGCUGGCCAACCUGUGCAUCGUGACGGGCUUCGCGGUCACCCUGUACUACAUGUUCGUCGACCUACCGCCGUUAGAAGACCGCCGCCUGCUGCCGUCAUCCAUCACUGCCCUACCAGUCUUCCUCACCACCACCAUCUACGCUAUGGAAGGCGUCGGCGCGGUGAUGCCCGUGGAGAACAACAUGCGGAAUCCAACACACUUCUCCGGGUGUCCCGGAGUAGUGAACACGGCCAUGGUGCUCGUGUGCACACUAUACUGCGUGGUGGGUUUCUUCGGCUACUACAAGUACGGUGAGGACACCAUGGGCAGCAUCACCCUCAACCUGCCCGUCCAUGACAUCCUGGCGCAGGUGGUGAAACUGGCGGUGGCGGCCAGUAGCUUUUUGUCGUACGGCCUGCAGCUCUACAUCGUGGUGGACAUCGCCUGGAAGCCGCUGGCGGCCCGCGUAGACCCCGUCUACCACAACGUGGGGGAGAGGAUCCUCAGGGUGGCGCUGGUGCUCGGCACAGUGGCACUGGCGGUGGCAGUGCCGAACCUGGGUCCGGCCAUCUCUCUGGUGGGGGCGGUGUGCUUCUCGACUCUGGGCCUGCUGUACCCGGCGGUCAUCGAGUCGGUGGUGCUGUGGCAGGAGCCGGGGGCGCUCGGCUGGAUGCGCUGGAAGCUGCUCAAGAACGCCCUUCUGGUCGCCCUGUCCUUUCUGGCACUGGUCACCGGCACCAUCUCCAGCAUCACGGAAAUCAUCGAGAACUAUGGCCUCGAGUAGUGGGGAAGCUCUCUCAAGGACCUCUGUAUCUGGCAAAGGCUGUCCGACUCUGCCAGGGCCAAAAUGGACAGACUAUCGAAUCAGCAAACAUACACCACCACGUGAUCUUUGUGAAUUCGUGUCUUCAUAGUUUCCCAUCACAUCCACAUCAUCCUGAAACAGCCAACUGAAUCAGUGUGCACUACUGUUUGGAGAAACUGAAACACCGAGGCCGAGAUAUGUGAUCACAGUGAAAUUUAUUCCAUUGAUUAGGUACAUGAGACUAGAGAAAUAAUUUAUAUUACAGACUGGUACAGGUACUGUGGCUGUGGAAAUACAGUGCAAAGUACUGACACCCCGUGCUACAAUCAGAGAUGUAGUGGCAUGGAAUCAAAGAACACCUCAGUAUGCUGCUGAGGAAUACUCAGUCACGUGGUUUGAUGGUGCAUCCACAGAUUAUCAACUGCGGCUGCAGGAGGACCUGAACGAACAAGCUGCGGACUGACCACAACCCAGACAUGUUCAAUGGGCAACAUGCAAGGUGAACGGGCAGCCCAGGGAAGCAAUGAUACCCGCAGUUCUUCUAAGAAGACUUUCACAGUCAUUGCCACAUGCGGCCGGGUGUUGUCCUGCCGAAAUAUGGCUUGUGGAAUGGCCUGCAGGAGAGGCAGCGCCUCGGACUGUAAAACCUCCUUGAUGCAGCGGUAACUGUUCAGAUUUCCCUCAAGACGCAGGAGGCGAGAUCGCGUGUUACAGCCAAUGGCGCCCCAAACCAUCACACUUGGCGUUUGUGCCUGAUUGCGUUCACCACGAUGGGAUCAGUCGCGUUUCCAGCCUUCAAUGUAUGACAAGCUGAAGCGGGACUCAUGCGAAAACGCUACGUAUUGGCACUUAACAUGCCAUGUCGAUGUUAUUGUGCCCAUUGCAGCCCUUUGUGUUGAUGGGUUCUGGUCAGCGGAAGCUGACGCAAUGGGAGACAUGUCACCAGUCCAGACCGCAGAAGCUGGCGUCGAACCAUUGACGCAGACAUGUCCACACCAGUGGCAGUGCUCCGACGUUGCGCCAAUAUAGUGGACGAUGCUGUUCUGUCCAUUACGGGCAAGCAGUCAAGAUGGCGGUCGUCUCGCGCUGUGGUCACAAUGUGUCUACCAGUACCUUGUCAUCUGUCCACUGGUUACGCAAUAUCACAAAAGGAGAGAGCCGCUUUCUGGACACAAAACAUUCUGUUCCGUUCGAACACACUCACAUACUGAUAUUCAAGCGUGUGACGUAAGCGAAGUAUGACACGUUUCCACUUCGUAUGUCGGCUCCGCACUGACUAUCCGGUCGCACAAAAGAGGGCGCUAGUGGGUCUACGUGCAAGCCACCUCUCUGCCACUUAAAUAAUGUAUUAUGGUUCCUCUGUUCUAUACGUCCUAUUAUCGUGGUAUGGCAGACCAUUUCUUCUAAGAGUUUGACUUUUUACAAACAGUAGUGUAUCAUUAUUCCGUGGACUGGAUGAGUGGUAGAAACGAUAAUUCAUGUUACCUUUAGACCUGACUUGUCUCCUUUAUGAACUUGUGAUAUAUGUAAUUUGAUCUACGUAAUUUUUUAUGCCGUUUGGUUCAAGUGCACAUAUCUGCC